AUGCUUGCACAGCAGGCGCACUUCUGCUUCGGCGCCGCGCCGACGGGGCAGACGCGAUGGGUGUAUGUGCCCUUGUUCUUGCUCGAGAUGCUGGGAAGCUGUUGGGAUACUUGGCACGUUGAAAGGGUGAGAUGCGACGGUGACAUCGGUGGAAUACAAAACGGCGACGUGAAUUGUGAUAACUGA